AUGGGCAGCCAUUCCUUCAUCAAAAAGACGAGGUUUUUUGCAUCUAUUCAUGGACUCUUGAGAAUUUUGCAUGGUCUCCAAAAAUGAAAAUUAGUCAGUCUCUUACAUUUCCCAGUCUAGCUCUUUGUUCCUUUUUCUUUUGAUAGCAGCUUGAAUUUUUGCACUCGAAUUUUUCUUUUGAGAAAGGAGAAGUUUUUAAGUUUUCAAGUUUUUCUUUAUUUUUACGGUCAAAUUUUUUCUUCUCUAAAUUUUGUUUUUCGAGCCUCGCAUUCCGAUCGGAAUUCGUAAAGUAUCGAAAAACCAUCAAAAAAAAACUAUUGUGGAGUGGAUUUGACCAUCCCUAAAGUUGUUCUCUGAUUCAAAGAUUUCAAGGAACGGCAUCGACGCCGAGACGUAUCCAUUGUACGGCUCUGGGAGCCAUUUUGCCGCGAAUACCUGCGUCGACAACGGAAUCAAGGAAUUUCUGAAGCUGCUGCAGUUCCUCCAGCGCGAGCUCAAGGUUCUUUUUUUUUGUUUGGUCUUUGUCCUCAGCACCUGACCACAGCUCAAACCAUCAUGCGCUCCACACAACUGUUCCUGUUGUUUUCUCUCAUUUGUUCUUUGAAAUCGUCUAAGGUCUUCCAGAUCAAAUUCCAAAUGAUUUAUUUCGAUAAUCCUUAUUCUCAUGAUUUCCUUGAGUGAUUUUAUUUCACACUCUUCUAUAUUAUAUUAAGACGCUAACAGUUUCUUUUUUAUUGACUAUCAUAUUUUGCAAUUUGACUUUCUUUUUUUUCGAGAACCUGCAACAUUUUCAUGCCUUUAUCUUAACUUUUUUCAAAUGAUUUGUCAUUUUUGAAGUUUUUCUCUUUUCAACCCUUUUUUUGGGUUCUAAUUACUUUAUCAAAAAGUGUUUAGUCCACGUUGCUCGAACAUCAAGAAAGUUUUAGAUAGUUUUUCUCUUUUGGAAAUCCGUUCAUAAAAGCUUGUUUUCUUCUAAUUCCUUGUUGAGGUUUUUGGCGGCACAGAAGCCUUUCAUGAAAAAAAUAAUAACUUUCAAAGAAAUUCUUUUUCCCUAAUUUUUUAAAAUUGAAAUGAGCAUGUGCUUCUCAAACAUUUUAGCCAGGGUAGGCAUUUUGAGCGGGUUCAAGAAGCGCUGCUAUGUCAAUACGUACAUAAAAAUCCUAAAAAAGGUAAGAUAACGUGGAUUGUUCGAAAAUAUUCUAUAUUUCUUCUCACUUCCUCAAUUGCAGGAUCGGAACCCUGACUUCAAUGCGCCUUUCCGGAUCCACACAGACCGACUGAUCGACAACGGCGUCGAGUACAAGGCGGUGAUGAUGCUGAACGUGGAAUCCCGCUGGACGAGGGCCAUGAGCAUGAUGCUCAUCGACCUCAAAGUCGCCAUCGCCCAAUGCAUCUCUCUUCGCUCUCCGGCAUAG